GAGUAACCUGUAAUUUACCCUUUAUCUUUCUGCACCUGAUCUACUGCUACAAACAAUAGAGCAAUGCUGAGAGAGUUGAAAGUGGGAGAGGGAGAAGGUGGACUGCCGCUUGAAUUCUACUUGCUCCGCAUAUAUCAAUCAAACGCUGAAUCAUGGUUCUUCUACAAUUAGACCCUUUUCUUAAUGAACUCACAAGCAUGUUCGAACACAGUACUGAGAAGGGAAGUGUUUGGGUCACACUCAAACGAUCAUCCUUGAAGUCUAAAGUGCAGAGGAAUAAAAUGGGAACUGUUGGUGAACCCCUUGAAUAUAGGUGUCUCGUCCGUGCAACCGAUGGCAAGAAGACGAUUUCUACUUCGGUUGGGGCAAAGGAUCACCAGCGCUUUCAAGCUUCAUAUGCAACUAUUCUCAAGGCCCACAUGGCUGCUUUAAAGAAGAGGGAGAGAAAGGACAAGAAAAAGGCUGCCUUAGCACAUAAGCAAGAGGGUGGCUCAAAGAAGUCCAAGAAAGCCUGAACUCCUGUUUUUAACUUGCUCUUCAGAGGAACAAAGUAGUACUUGUUUGGUCUUUGAGCAUUUACAGAGAUUGAAGGAUGAGAUUUUGUUUGAUUGCCCUUUUCUGGGCGUUGUAAUUUGGUUAACAUUUAUACAAGAGAAUUUUGGAACA